AAAAGAUGGAUUCACUGAGUCCGACGUUGCGGUAGGUACAAAAUCACGAUACGAGAUCCAGGACGAAUCAGUCCUGAUGCACCGUUCGAAAUAAAGCAGCAGGACUGAUCGCGAUCGCGACAGACAACCAGCGGCGAAAAAUUCACGGCUCCACGGCCCGACACAAUGACGCAGCCGCCUUUUUGAUGUCAAACGAUCAGCCUGAUGACGACGCCGCCAACGAUACAGAUCUGUCUACGGAUAAGCAAAUCCUGUUGCAAAAUCUCGGUGGUAAACGAUCGUGUGUCGAGGCUGUGACGUCCGGCCACAAAGCUUCUAUCGAGCAAAGAACGAGGGACGAAGGAGGCGUAAAGAGAAGCUUGGCCGAUCAGAAAGGGAGCGAUGAUGAGUCUCGGGUGUCCGGAGAUAUUUGUCGAAUAUGCCACAUGGGCAGUUUCUCAACGGUCGACGAGAAUCGAGCCAGUUACGAAAGACAGAACCAACCUAUUCGUGGAGUUGACAGUCAAACGUCGACAUUAUCGUCCUACGCGUAUCUCGGCCCUUUGAUCUCAGCUUGCAAGUGUCGUGGGACAGUAGCGCUGGUACACGUAGAAUGUCUUGAAAGAUGGCUGACAGAAUCGGGUCACUCUAGAUGCGAGCUUUGCGGCUACAAGUACGCCACUAAAAGAGUACCACGUCACAACAUCAUCCGUAGUGUUGUAAUAUGGUUCAAUACCGUGAUAGUGACUCGACAAAUGCUUCUAGAUAUAUUGUAUCUAGUAGUCACCACGCCAUUAGCCCUGUUUUCCUGCUACAUCUGUGUCCUGGCUCUAAGAAUGUUGCUAAAACGAGGCCUGCAAGAGAUGCCCUGGAUGAUCGUUGCCAUGCUUCCCACUUGUUCCCUUACUCUAAUCGCUUACUGGGGUUGGAUAAUUACUCUGGCCAGACUGCACGGGCGUAGAUGGCGCCGUUAUUGGAGGAGCAAUUUCGUCAUACGUUUGGUUCCUGACGACUUCAACAACGCUGAAACGAAUUCGAGGCAAGAAAGGACCGCCGGUAACCAUCUUCACCAGCAGAGGUCGUACGCGGACGACGAGACGAUGGAAAUACGCGACGUCACGUCGAUCGAUCGGUCGGAAUGAAUCUACACGCAAGAUUUAAUUGCUGGUAAUUUGGUUUCAUUAAAAGGCGGCUCUAAUCGAGCUGGUUACUAACCAUCGAGGACAAUUAAUCGCAUCAAACUGCAUGAGUUUCCACGUCGCUUCCGGUUGUCUGUUAUCUUCGUACGAGAAUAAAUCGGAAAGUUGAUAUAAUUUAUAAAAAUCAGCUGUCAGCAUCAUGUUCGCCAUUAUUCUUGCAAUAGUGUUAUUUAUAAUUUUGGUUCAUCUUACGAUAACGAUUAAUAGUGACUUGCUCAAGAUUGUUGUGAAAUUUCAAAUAGCUGCGCUGUUACUAAUAAAACAUUAAUUCUACUAAUUAGGCUGUUACUAAUAAAACAAUUCCAUUGUACGAUGGCUUGCUUCUUUUUAUUUCGCUGUUAUUGUGAGUAAUCUUUGCAGGAAGAAGUAGUUCUCUUUUCGUUUUCUGAUUUCUGCAAAUUGAAUAAAUUAAAA